GCUGCACUUUAUGCAUAAAUAUUGCACACGAAAUACGAAAAGUUAAGAGUUAACUUGAAUUUCAUUUCAUUAGCAGACACAGGCAAAUCUACCGCUCAGAAACAACAUGGCCUCGGCCCGAUCCAAGGGCCGAAUAGACACCGGUCACCUGCCUGCUGGGACAUACCAUCCAGGGCUGGAGCAGAGAAAUCGGAAUAAUGGGAUGAGGGUCGUUCUCGCGACGCCGGAGCCAAGAAGACGGUUCGACAUCCAGACCCAUCUGCCUUCUGUGUUUUCGGUGUGCGUCUAUGUGCUCCUGGUGGCGUCCUUGCUGACCGAGAAAUGGUUCGCCUUCGCUGCGGAUCAUGUCGAUGAGGAGUUUACUGGAUGGGAGGUUUUGGCAAGGAUGUCAGCACGCUUGAUCAACUUCCACGCCUUGCUGGUUCUGCUGAUGAUGUUGCGUGUGACCAUGACCUUAAUAAGUUCAAGGAUACGAAUACCGUUCUGGAUCCCUCUGGACAAACACAUCAAGUACCACAAGGUGGCGGGCAUGGUGCUGUUAGUCUGCAGUCUACUGCAUACUGUUGGACAUAUUGGCAACGCAGCCUGGGCAGUGACGGAGCAUAACCACACACUGGUCGAGUACCUGUUUACGGUACAUCCACACCAUCACCAAGCCAGCUGGAUGGGCGGGACGGCCUACAUCUCCGGCUGGGCCCUCCUAGCCAUACUCCUGGCCCUUAGUCUGUCCGGUAUGCCAUGGGUUCGAGCGAAGAAUUUUCAGGCAUUUUACUUUACUCACCUCUUAUAUCUACCCUUCAUGAUCGUCAUGUUCAUCCACGCGCCGAGUUGCUGGAAAUGGAUAAUAGUGCCUUCCUCCUUAUUGGUGAUAGAAAAGGUCUAUCGGACCAAGGCUGUGAAGCGUCUGGAAUAUGGGAAGAUCUUUAUCCAAGAAGGCGUGCUGUUGCCCUCCAAGGUGACACAUCUCGUUAUAAAACGCCCGGAGAACUUCAACUUCACCGCUGGCGACUACAUCUUUCUAAACAUCCCCAAAAUAGCUACGUUCGAAUGGCAUCCGUUUACGAUCAGCAGCUCCCCCGAGGACCCGGAUCAUCUGUGGCUUCACAUACGCGCUGUGGGAAGAUGGACCAAUAAACUAUACGAAUACUUUGAAGAGAAACGCGAGAUAGCCAAAAGGAUGAACCUGCCCCACAUAAGGAACAUCUACGGGGACGUGGACGGGAUAGAGGAAGAUGCCUCGAGUUUGUCUUCCUUGGAAUCAUCCAGUGAUGGCCAUGGAAUCGAUAACGUGGCUUUUGAGGCGAUUGAUGAAUCGCGUGAAACAAAGAACAACGCCAAGAACGAAGAAAAAUCGCGUCGGAGUAUUACCCACGGGGUAAUCCCGAUUAUCAAAUUUGAUUUGCCGGACAAGGGGAAUGGUAGCGGAUCGGAUAACAUUUCAGAAAGUGAAAGUGAAACUGAGAAUGACAUCGGGUUCGAAGACGACACAAAUAUCGAAGUUGUAACACUUAAAAGUGAUACUGGAAUGGGUAAUGGAAGCUACACGUCCAGCAACUACAGUCUUCAAACCUACUCAGACGAAGACGACGAGUCAUUCAACAUAAAACAAAGCAGAAGGCUAACAUCAUUUCGGAAUUUUUCGGACAGACUCGGAAUACCUGAAAAUUUCCGACAGAAUUUAAGCGGUGGUGUGCAGAAAAAGGUGCAAAGAUCGAAAUCUAUUGAUAAUGCACAUAUCAUGAAGACAGAACUCGACCCGUUUGUCCAGAUUCCUCCCGGAUUUGACCGGAACAGAAGGAAAUCCGCGUGCGCAUUGAAACUCCCGGAAACAGAAGUUGUGAAACAUCUGCAGCGCCGUCUAUCGACGUGGCAGGGCAUGUCCCAUGGGCAAAACUUUGGCCAUCUUUCACAAAUGCCUUUCAUAUACAAAAUGAAUGCUGAUGAACAUAAACCGUCGAUUGACGAAGCACUGGAGGUGUAUAUCGACGGUGCUUACGGUGCCCCCGCCAGUAAUUUCUUCCAAGCCGAGCACGCUGUGAUGAUAGCGUUGGGCAUUGGAGUCACUCCCUUCGCCAGUAUACUACAGAGCAUUAUGAGACGAUAUAACACGGCUAAGCACGAAUGCCCAAAGUGUACACAUUCCUGGAUUGACGAGGACCUUUCAGAUACAUUGGGGUCAUUGAAAAAAGUGGACUUUUUCUGGAUUUCUCGAGGAAUUCGGUCGUUUGAAUGGUUCAGUGAUCUGCUGACGCAGCUGGAGUUGGAGCAACUAGAACUGGUGCCUGGCGCAUCCAUGGAUACAUUCUUAGAUCUCCACAUAUAUAACACAGAGACUGAGAACAAUUUCGGUAUUCGAGAUGCUUUGCUUGCACCCGGGUUGGAACUGGUGAAGCAGAAUAACCUGACUGACGUCAUACCCGGACUUUUGACGCAGGCGCAGAGGGGACGACCUAACUGGAAUGCUGUUUUCAAAGAAAUAAACAAUAACCGCAGGGGGCGUGUGACGGUGUAUUUCUGCGGACCGCGAUCGGUAGCUUCUAUUGUUAAAGGAAAAUGUAUAGAAUACGGCUUCAGGUUCACCAAGGAAAACUUCGGAUAAAUUUCUCA